CGAAUCAGUUCAGUUUGAGCCACAUCGCGCAACCACGCAGACCGUCCGAGCGCUCGCACGUUCCACUGCCGUUGCUCUUUUAUCAUAAAACUUAAAAAGUGGAAGGUGAUUAGAAACAUAAAACUUUCGUUUAGGAUAAUUUCGGGUGCAUUCCACGUGACACAGAUACAAGUUAAGCAAGGAGGUAUUUGUUGGCCAAGGCGGGGGCUCUCACGGAUUCACCUUGUGCACGUUUUCGUUGUGAUAUUGGCAACGGGGAGGUAUAAUUCAACACAGCAUCAUGUUGAGUGCAGAUAAUAGAUUCAAUAUGUGAACAGACCUCGAUAAUUGAUGGAAGAGUGAGUGAGAAAGAGGCGAAAAAUAUUGUCUCCACCUGUCUCUUGCCACAUUUUACUGUUUGAGAACUACAAUAUUGCCACUUUGUUAGCCAUCGCAGGUGAAAUGGAUAUGGAAUUACAAUAAAAAAUGCUGUGAGACUUUCAAGUACCUACAUAUACCAAAAAAAAGUUCGACGACUGCGAAAAAAGGCUAAAUUUUGUAUACUUACACCUCCUUGUGAUUGCUGGCCUCCUCGACGAAGACUUAUAUACCUAUAUAUGUAGUUGCUGUGGGAAUAUUUAAAUUCACAACGUAGUGCUUCUUUUUUUACGAUUUCUUUGACUCUGGACCUGAUACGAAAGCUAUUGUUAAUUUCUAAAUCGAUAAAAAAUACCUUUAGUGUGGAGUUGUGUGUAUUAAAUUAAAUGUGUUGUGUAGAAAUAGAAAAAAAAACAGUGCACGAAUGGACUUUAACAACGAAUGCAUAAUUCUCGUGAAUAUUUAAUACUAUUUCGCACAUACUAGAAACGUGUGUGCCUUCUUGUGUGCGUUCGCGAGAUAAAAGUGUGCAUUUCACAUCAAAUGAGUAUAUGAAAGGCUGUAAUUACCUUUAUAUAUAUAGUGGAUUGCAUAUCAAUUCAAUGCAUACAAGUGAAGCGACCUGACUUAUGGCAAGUCAAUUCAAUCACUUCAUCGCCAUGUUAAUCCGGCCAUUAAUUGCCCAUUCUCAUUAGAACCGUGAAUCAAUCCAUUGAGAGGAGCUAGAAAAAAUAUAUAGUCUGUGUGUACUAUUAAUUAAUGAGUGCCCAUAUAGAAAGGAAUCGUGUGUGCUAUAUAUAGUGAACCUGUAGCCUUUCAGUUACAUCGACAAACACCAUGACAAUUUCGUACACUAGCGAAGUACCAAAUGGAAGUAGUUUCGGAUGUUUCUGGCGAAUUCUUAAGAAAUGGAGAGGCAGCGUCUACAAAUUGGUGUGGCGUGAGUUACUAGCAUACCUAGGAAUUUAUUAUGCAAUUAAUCUUCUAUACAGAUACGGUCUGAACGAUGAUCAAAAGAGCAUGAUGCAUAAAAUUCAGAUCUACUUCUAUCAUAACUUUAGGACUUUCGAGAAAGUACGACAGUACUUUGGAGCACAGAGUGAGAGUAUUCCAAUGUCAUUUGUUCUGGGAUUUUACGUGAGUCUCGUGGUUAAACGAUGGUGGGAGCAGUACAAAUUGCUUCCAUGGCCUGACACACUGGCACUCUUCAUAAGUGCCGCCAUUCCUGGAAAUGAUGAGAAGGGACGACUGAUGAGGAGGAAUAUCAUGCGAUAUGCCUGCUUGGCUUAUGUGAUAACAUUGCAGAGGAUAUCUUUGCGGGUUAAGCGAAGAUUCCCAACACUACAGCACAUCAUGGAUGCCGGCUUAAUGUUGGAGAGUGAGAAGAAAAUUUUCGAGAUCAUGAAUCAAAAGAGUCCUAUGUCCAAAUACUGGAUGCCUCUGGUUUGGGCUACGAAUAUUAUAAAUCGUGCAAGAAAAGGAGGCGAGAUUAAGUCAGAUCAUAUUGUGCAGACGCUUCUAGUUGAACUGUCGGACAUAAGAAGACGCCUCGGUGCUCUAAUUGGGUACGACACCGUCUGUGUGCCACUGGUCUAUACACAGGUGGUGACGCUCGUACUCUACUCAUACUUUGUAGCUGCCCUCGUGGGACGUCAAAUGGUGCCACAUGUUGAUGGAGUAGUGGGAAAAUAUGAAGAUCCCGACCUAUAUUUUCCUCUAUUCACAGCCCUCCAGUUUUGCUUCUACGUCGGAUGGUUGAAAGUUGCCGAAGUUUUAAUUAAUCCCUUUGGGGAGGAUGACGAUGACAUUGAGCUGAACUGGUUGAUAGAUAGACACAUCAAGGCAUCCUAUAUGAUUGUUGAUGAAAUGCACGAGGAACAUCCUGAAUUACUCAAGGAUCAGUACUGGGGUGAAGUUGUGCCGAAGGACCUACCGUACACGCAAGGAUCUGAGCACUAUCGCCGCCAUGAACCCAAAGGAUCGGCAGAAAAUUACAAAGUCAAACCUACAGAUGCUCUUUAUGCCAAUAUUGUACCAUCAAAGAAUCGCCAUCUGCCUGAUGACGUCUAUGCUGAUUACGAAAGCGUCGAUACGCCGAUGGUGGAGCGUCGGAAAAAUUGGUUUAGUCGCCAAAUUACGCGAAUGGGUUCAGCUAGGAGCUCAUCAACUGCUUACUCAUCUGGUGGUCUUAUAUCGCGAAAUAGGCAAAAUUCUGUCUACUCAAGUCCUGAGGCGGCUCUUGGGCAACAAGUCCCGAAUCACCCGUCACAGCAAAAGAUGAGUUUUUAUGAAAAACUCGUGGGAAGAAAAUCUGGUAGAAGUGGAAAGCAGCUUAUCAAACAGAGUUCCAAGCUGAGUUUGAAUGGCGUCGUCGCAACGAAUGUCCCACUCCGGAAUAGACCGCGAAUUCCUACACCUGAUGUGACGAAGGAAGUAAUGGAUAGGGAGAGCCGCUUUGCAAUUGCAAUGACUUCAGCAUCAUCAAAUAAUCAGCCAUCAGUUGCAUCUGGAGUAGCGCUAAUGGCUCAACAGCUGGCCACAACUCCUUCAAUGUACUCACCACCAAUGAACUCAGAUGUAUCAGUAGCUGGAACGCUCUUCUUGUCACCAAUAAAAGAAUUAGAAUCAGCCUCAGUAAACAGCAGCUUGAACAUUGGGAAUCCUGCAACAGCUGCUCUAGCCAAGUCUAUACUUGCAUCGAAUCUCCAGCAAUCAGAUGUGCAUGUUGUGGUUAUUUCAGGUGCAUCCCCCUAUAAUAAUGCAAAUGUAAGCAACAUCACGGAGAUUACUCCGUUCGGAGGUGAAGAGGAAGCUGGCCACAGUGCAGACCUCGUACCAUCUACUGCAUCCACUGUGGUAUACCCUACAACUCUGGCUAAUACCGAGAGUACCGUAAAGGUUGAGACCUUGCCAAGGAGCCUCUCGAAGAGCUCAUCGAAUGUGAUUACCACAGAUUUAGUGGAAACGGAAUUGGACAGCGUAGAUACGAGCAUGAAGAGGACAACACUUUCUCGUGAAAGUAGUAACGCCACGACGAAUUCAACCCAUUCAGCAUUGGAUACAUUUACAGGAACCAUUGCGGGAUUAUUUAAGCCAGCUGGUAGCAUUCGAUCUAAGGGUAAGGUGAAGUCAGACAGUAAGACUGGGGAGGUAUACGUCUAAUAAAACCCAGGACGAUUUUCUAAGGGACGCAAUAUAAUGUAAAUAGAACCUGAGAGGAAGUUAUCGUUUAUUAUUAAAUGCUAUUUUUAUUUUUACUUUAUCUGUAGUAGGAAUUUUCAUUAAAUAAAAAAGAAAAUUUUCACAUUUCA